AUGGCCACUCUCGACGACCGCAUCGCGGCGCUACCGCAAGAACUACAAGACAUUAUUCUCGAGUUUACACUGGACAGCCUUCUUGAUGUGCCAUCAUCAGGCAUCGUGACUAUCACGCUCUGGCAGAAGCCCCCGGUCUCACUACAAAUCAGCCGUGCCCUGUGGACCAAGUUUGCGACCCGCUACUAUGGCGGUCGCACUUUCAAGGCAGCAGAAGUCCUCGGCUUCGUGUGCAUCUACUGGCUAGAGCAUCUCCAGCCAGAGCAUCGGGCCAUGAUUCAGGGCAUCGAGUUCCAUAAUGGUGUUGUGCGUCACAACUUUGUGGCUGAAACCAGGAUCCGAGGUCUCCUCCAAUUGUGGUCGGAGUACGGUCGCCGUCUCAGGUACCCUGGGGAAGUGGCAGAGAAGUUCGUCGUAUGCUACACCAAAGUGACAAGAGUGUCUGCGGGGGCUGUUGGAGAGGUUCGGAUUCCUCUUUCGAGUAGUGAGCAGGAAGCGCAGGCAAUGAUCUACCAUCCAUGGGACAAGGCAGUAUGA